GGCUGGGGGGUGCAGGAUCUCUCGGGGCUCGGGGAACCCCCCCGUGAUCCCGACGCCGAUCUCCCUGUCAUCUCGUUCAAAAGGGCACUAGCCGACUGGGGUCUGACGGUUCAUGGAAUACGAGGUUCCGCGGGUACAGAACUGGUCAAAAUGUGCAGCUGCCUCUGCCUGGGCGGAGCAAAAGCACAUGCCCUGCUCCUGGUUUCCGAAGGCAGGACGGAGCCCCGCGUCGUUCAACGAACCUGCUUGCUCUGUGCUUAGCGAGCAAGCAGCCGCCCGACUUGUAUAUUAGCUGAGCUCCCGUUCCUUGGCAGCCUUCUAUUCUUAGGCUAGCCAUCAACCUGCUACGACUGAAUUGAUCAAUUCCCAUUCGGCUGCUGAUCAGAGACAGAGAGGAUUCUGUUCGUGGAGCCAAACUUCAGGGCGGGAACUGCUUAUCUGGACGAGCUUUGCGAUCGUCGGCAGCGCUGAGCCUGAGCUUUGGUUCUUGAUCCCGUCGUCAUCAAACGAAGAGUACUCUCGUCGUCCGUUCGCGAUGGAGAGGAGGGCGGCGAGGAGGAGCGGCGCUUACCGGAAGGGAGCAGCAAUGCACCCGGAGCACAAGCAGCAGAUGCAGCAGCGGCGGCCGCAGGGGACGGCGGCGAGCCGGGGGCAGGGACCGGUGACGCCGCCGGGGUACUUCACGGCGGAGCUCGUGCUGGCGUUCCUGUUCGUGGCCGUGUCGCUGGCGUUCCUGCCGCUGGUCCUGCCGCCGCUGUCCCCGCCGCCGCUCCUGCUGCUGGUGGUGCCCGUGGGCCUGCUCGCCGUGCUCGUCGCGCUCGCGUUCGUCCCGCUCGACGCGCAGAGCCACCUCGUCGGAUCGUCGCGCUGAUCCGCCGAUCGGAGGGAGAGGCUUAGAUCGCCUUACAUAAAGUGGCUGCUAGGAUCGGAUUAGUCAGGAUUAUUAUUUUUGGAUAGUUUGAUGUAUUUGUUGUAACCCGAUCAUCAGAUCGGCUGGAUUCGAACCAUGGGGAGCUCCAAUUCGUUGAUCCCAUGAAUUUGAUCCAAAUGCAGGAAUCAGAUGCCGCAUGAAUGAACACCGUGCUGUUUCGUGUGUUUCCUAUACGAACGUGUUCUAUUGAACAAGAAAAAUAACUUCUUUCUUA